AGAACGCCUGGGAUGCCGCCGCUCGCGGCCAGACGCAGGAGGAGGAGGGUCCCGCCGCCUAGGAGUUAACAGCCCGCACAGCGAGGGGGAGCCACCAGCGCUCUGGGGACACUGGUUUCGGUCCCUGGCGGCCACUGUCCUCCUACCCAGGAGAGCUCCCGGAGAGCUGGAUGAAUUCUGGGUUGCUAGCUGCGCGCAGCUGGGCUCCUGGGAGCCGGUUCCUGGUGGAAAACAGGGGGCGUCUGGCCACGGGACCAGCGGCUCGCUGAGACUCAACAUGACCCUCCUGGGGGCUGAGCACUCUUUGCUGAUUAGGAGCAAGUUCAGAUCAGUUUUGCAGUUACGACUUCAGCAGAGAAGGGCCCAGGAGCAACUGGCUAGCCAGGGCUUCAUACCACCACUGAGAGGUCCAACUGUGUUCCAUGAACAAAGAAAGCAUUCGGACAGUGACCAGACAGAAGACGCCCUGCAGCGCAAGGUCAGAAGCAGGCCCGACCGCGCCCACUCAGCUGCUAUGCACAUACUCCAGGCCUCCACGGCAGAGAGGUCCCUUCCCGCUGCUCAAAUGAAGCUGAAAAGAGCCCGACUUGCAGAUGAUCUCAACGAAAAAAUUGCUCUCCGGCCGGGGCCGCUGGAGCUGGUGGAGAAGAACAUACUCCCUGUGGAUUCUACUGUGAAAGAAGCCAUCAAAGGGAACCAGGUGAACUUCUCCAAAUCCGCAGAUGCCUUUGCCUUCGACGAGGACAGCAGCAGUGACGGGCUUUCUCCAGACCACACUCGAAGCGAAGACCCCCAGGGCCCAACGGCAUCCCCCCGAGACACCAAAGCUACGGAGAUCCCUUUGGCAGGUCCUCCGGGGACAAUCCAGGAUCUAACUUCUGGCUCAGAAAAUGACAUGAAUGACUCGGUCUCACAGCCCAGCAACCAGUCAGACACAGGGAAGCAGGGGCUCGGCACCCUCAGCACCACCAACCCCGGGCAUGCUGCUGUGAAGUCCAAGUCCUUGAGCGACAGUAAGAACCGCCACAAGAAGCCCAAGGACCCCAAGCCAAAGGUGAAGAAGCUCAAGUACCACCAGUACAUCCCCCCGGACCAGAAGGCGGAGAAGUCGCCGCCGCCCAUGGACUCGGCCUAUGCGCGGCUGUUACAGCAGCAGCAGCUGUUCCUGCAGCUGCAGAUCCUCAGCCAGCAGCAGCAGCAGCGCUUCGGCUACACCAGCAUCCACCCCACUCAGCUCAAGGAACCAAAUGAGCAGAUGGUCAGAAAUCCAAACUCUUCUUCAACACCACUGAGCAGUACCCCUUUGUCUCCUGUCAAAAACAGCUUUUCUGGACAAACCGGUGUCUCUUCUCUCAAGCCAGGCCCACUUCCAUCAAACCUGGAUGAUCUGAAGGUGUCGGAGUUAAGACAGCAGCUUCGGCUCCGAGGCCUGCCGGUGUCAGGCACCAAGACGGCGCUCAUGGACCGGCUGCGGCCCUUCCAGGACUGCGCGGGGAGCCCCGUGCCCAGCUUCGGGGACAUCACCACCGUCACCUUUCCCGUCACGCCCACCGGCGCCCUGCCCCAUUACCAGUCCUCCCCGUCCGCCGGCGCCUUGUCCAACGGCUUCUACCACUUCGGCAGCACCAGCUCCAGCCCCCCCAUCUCGCCCGCCUCCUCCGACCUGUCGCUGGCCGGGUCCCUGCCCGACACCUUCCAGGACGCGUCGCCCUCCUUCGGCCUGCACCCGUCCCCCGGGCGCCUGGGCCCCGACGACAGCCUGGUGGGCAGCCUGAGCGGCGGCGGCAGCGUCCCUCCCGAGCUGGACGGCCUGGACUCCGAGAAGGACAAGAUGCUGGUGGAGAAGCAGAAGGUGAUCAACGAGCUCACCUGGAAGCUGCAGCAGGAGCAGCGGCACGUGGAGGAGCUGCGCCUGCAGCUGCAGAAGCAGAAGCGGAGCAAGGGCGCCGCCGAGCAGGAGCCGCCGCCCUUCCUGGGGGCGCCCAUCAAGCAGGAGGACGCGGCCUCCAGCUGCCCCUUCGCCGCCCGGCAGGUCUCUGCGCACAGACCCGGCGGCGCGGACGGCGCUGCUGCGCUCCUGCUGCCCCCGGGCGGCAGCCUCGGCCUGGAGCCCGCGGCCCAAGCCCCCGCGCUUCCCUCCACCUUCCUCAGCCCGCAGUGCUCGCCGCAGCACUCGCCGCUCGGGGCCGUGAAAAGCCCGCAGCACAUCAGCUUGCCCCCAUCGCCGAACAACCAUUACUUCCUACCUUCGUCCGCUGGUGCUCAGGGAGAAGGGCACGGGGCCUCCUCACCUGCCAGCACCCAGGUGUGUACUGCACAGAACUCAGGGGCACACGAGGGCCAUCCUGCAAGCUUCUCCCCCCAGCCUUCUGGCCUCCACCCCCCUUUCUCUGGAGCCCAGGCAGACAGCAGUCAUGGUGCUAUGGGCAAUCCUUGUCCCCAAAGCCCAGGUGUACAGCAAAAGAUGGCUGGUUUGCAGUCUUCUGAUAAAGCAGGACCAAAGUUUUCAAUUCCAUCCCCAACAUUUCCUAAGUCAACUUCAACAGUUGCAGAGAUAACACAGCCUCCAUCCUAUGAAGAUGCAGUAAAGCAGCAAAUGACUCGCAGUCAGCAGAUGGACGAACUCCUGGAUGUCCUCAUUGAAAGUGGAGAAAUGCCAGCUGAUGCCAGAGAGGAUCAUUCGUGUCUUCAAAAGGUCCCAAAGAUGCCUAGGUCUUCCCGAAGCCCCACUGCUGCCCUCCCCAAGCCUUCUGCUCCCUUUGAACAAGCGUCUUCAGGAGGCCAGCUCUCAUUUGAUCACUACGGCACAGACAGUGAUGAGCACCUUGAAGUCUUAUUAAAUUCCCACAGCCCCUUGGGAAAGGUGAGCGAUGUUGCCCUUCUAAAAAUUGGGAGUGAGGAGCCCUCUUUCGAUGGCAUAAUGGAUGGAUUCUCUGGGAAGGCUGCAGAAGACCUCUUCAAUGCGCACGAGAUCUUGCCAGGUCCCCUCUCCCCGAUACACACUCAGUUUUCACCUUCUUCUGUGGACAGCAGUGGGCUGCAGUUAAGCUUCACUGAAUCUCCCUGGGAAACCAUGGAGUGGCUGGACCUCACUCCCCCAAGUUCCACACCAAGCUUCAGCUCACUCAGCACCAGCGGGCCUAGCAUCUUCAACAUCGAUUUUCUGGAUGUCACAGAUCUGAAUUUGAAUUCCCCCAUGGACCUGCACUUACAGCAGUGGUAGAAUGCCUGAUGCAAAAAUGCUAAGGAAGGCCAAUAGGAAUUCUACAACCACAAAUACUUGUAUUACCCAAAAGGAGGAGCAGGAAGACGGGGAGGCAGAGGAGGAAGAAAUUUAAAAGAAGCAGUGGAGAUUUCUAUGACUAUCAACAGCACAAA